AUGUCGACCGCACCCGCGCAGUACACAGGCUACGCAGCCUUGACCGAGGAGAAGGGCAAGAAGCUCGAGUUGGAGAAGUGGAGUUACACUCCCAAGCAGUGGACCGAGGACGACGUCGACAUCAAGGUCGACUGCUGCGGUAUGUGCGGCAGCUGCAUCCACACCCUCACGAACGGCUGGCCUCAGCCGACCUCGUACCCGUGCAUUGCCGGCCACGAAGUCGUCGGCACGAUCGUGCGCGCCGGUUCUCGCACCUCUCACAAAGUCGGCACGCGCGUCGGCGUCGGUGCGCAAGGCGGAUCCUGCCUCGAAUGCGACUACUGCAAGCAGGGGUUGCAGCAGCACUGCGAGAAGGGACUCAUCAUGACGUACCAGGGUACUUGGGAGGACGGGUCCGUCGCCCAGGGUGGGUACGCGGACUUUAUGCGCUGCCGCGGAGCGCUGGCGGUUCCUAUCCCCGACGGACUCGAGUCUGAGACGACGGCCCCGCUCCUUUGCGCUGGUGUCACCGUCUAUGCGCCCUUGAAGCGCUUCAACGCUGGGCCCGGCAAGCGCGUCGGUGUCAUCGGCAUCGGCGGUCUCGGCCACCUCGCUCUCCAGAUCGCCAAGGCCAUGGGCGCCGAGGUCUACGCUCUCUCGCACUCUGCGUCCAAGAUGGACGACGCCGAGAAGCUUGGAUGCCCGCGCGAGAACUUCAUCGUCGCCAAGGACCAGGACGAGGUUCGCAAGAAGUACAACAAGCACUUUGACAUCCUCAUCCUCACCUCUUCGUCAAACGACAUCCCCCUCGAGGGUCUCUACCUCCCGCUCCUCCGCAACAUGGGCACCUUCGUCAUCUGCGGCUUGCCCGAGGAGAAGCUCCCGUCUAUGUACGGCCAGAUGCUCGUCUACAAGAGCAUCAACCUCGCCGGCAGCCUCAUUGGCGGAUCGAGCGAGAUCGCCGAGUUGUUCGACCUCGCGCUCAAGCACGACAUCAAGGCUUGGGUUGAGACGCGUCCUAUGAGCGAGGUGACUCAGACCGCCCACGACAUGCACGCCGGCAAGUCGCGCUACCGCUACGUCCUCAAGAACUAG